AUGUAUCAGAGCAGCACGCAGAGGCGCCACUGGACCUUCCGCAGCGAGGAGGAGCUGAGUCGGCGCCGGGCCGACGCCAACCGCAGGUUCCGGUGCAGAGCGGUGGCCAAUGGGAAGGUUCAACAGAAUGACUCAUUUAUUCUUGAGCCACGUGAAGAGUUGACAAUUUGUAAAUAUUAUGAAAAAAGAUUACUGGAUUUCUGCUCUGUCUUCAAGCCAGUAAUGCCCAGAUCUGUUGUGGGAUCAGCUUGCAUGUACUUCAAACGUUUUUACCUCAACAACUCAGUGAUGGAGUAUCAUCCUCGUGUGAUUAUGUUAACUUGUGCAUUUUUGGCAUGUAAAGUUGAUGAGUUUAACGUGUCCAGUGCACAGUUUGUUGGUAACCUUCGUGAAAGCCCAAUAGGCCAGGAAAAGGCCUUGGAACAGAUCUUGGAAUAUGAAUUGCUACUUAUUCAGCAGCUGAAUUUCCAUCUUAUAGUGCACAACCCUUACAGGCCAUUUGAAGGCUUCUUGAUUGAUUUGAAGACUCGUUAUCCAUUGCUUGAGAAUCCUGAGACACUAAGGAAAACCGCUGAUGACUUUCUUAAUCGGGUAGCUUUGACAGAUGCCUCCCUUCUAUAUACACCUUCUCAGAUAGCUCUCACUGCUAUUCUGUCUAGUGCGUCCAGGGCAGGGAUCAGUAUGGAAAGUUACUUGUCAGAAUGUCUAAUGCUGAAAGAGAACAAAGCUUCCCUCUCCCAGUUACUGGAUGGCAUGAAAUGCAUGAAAAAUCUGGUAAAGAAAUAUGAGCCGCCACAUCCAGAAGAAGUUGCUGUUCUGAAGCAGAAGCUAGAGAAAUGUCAUAGCCCGGAACUUGCUCUCAACACAAACACGAAGAAGAGGAAGGGCUAUGAAGAGGAUGAAUACUUUACAAAGAAAUCGAAAAUGGAUGAGGAUGAAUGGACAGAUGAUGACUUCAUAGAAUAACAGCAACUGUCCAUGCAGAUGAAAUCUUGAACACUUUAGAGGAAUUUAGAUUCUUACAACUCAUUGCACAGUUCUCCUAUUGUUAUUG